AUGCAUCUAAUUCACCAAUCUAUAAAACGGUUUUAUACCGUACUGGGACGACCUUCAAAUAAUCUAGCUUCAGGCAUCGUUGGAUUGGCCAAUGUAGGUAAAUCAACGUUUUUCCAGGCAAUAACCAAGUCGAAAUUGGGUAAUCCAGCUAACUACCCUUUUGCCACUAUAGAACCCGAAGAGUCCAAGGUUAUUGUACCCAGCUUUAAAUUGGACCAUCUUCAUAAACUCUAUGAGAGUCAGAAGAAAAUUCCAGCUACACUUUCCAUUUUCGAUAUUGCUGGAUUAACAAGAGGAGCAUCAAGUGGGGAAGGUUUGGGAAACAAGUUCCUUAAUGAUAUUCGGCACGUAGACGGAAUAUACCAAGUGGUUCGAGGAUUUGAAAAUGAUGAAAUUACUCAUAUUGAAGGAAAUGUGGAUCCAGUUAGAGACUUGUCAUUAGUGCAAGAUGAACUGGUGCUGAAAGAUCUCGAAUGGCUGGAAGGUGCAAGAGAAAGAAUUAACAAAAAGAUAAACAGAUCUCCGAAAAACUCUCCAGAAUUCUUAGAAAUGCAUCUUGAACUGAGAUUGCUAGAGGAAUUAGAGGCCCAUAUGUACGAGGGAAGAAAAUUGUCACACUUCAAGCAGAACUGGACAGAGGAAGAGAUUAAAAUCCUGAAUAAACACAACUUUCUAACAGCUAAACCAACCCUGGUUCUACUUAACGUUGCUCCCAAAGAUUAUCUUUUGCAAGAAAACAAAUUCUUGAAGAAAAUCAAGGAUUGGAUCCAAGAAUAUGCGCCUGGAGACGAAGUGAUGCUGUUUAGUGCUGAACUUGAAACGAAGUACAACGAAUUGGACAACAAUCUCCAAGAAUUUGAGGCUUUUUGCAAAGAGAUCAUCGGUAAAGAGAAGUUGGAAGUACCUCUGACAGCACUCCCAAAUAUUAUCAUCAAAAUGAGAGAGUUAUUGCAAUUGAUCAGUUUUUACACCUGUGGACCAAUUGAGGCUCGUCAAUGGACCAUUAGGAAAGGAACGUUGGCACCAGAAGCUGCUGGAACUAUCCAUAGUGAUUUAGAAAAGACAUUUAUCAGUGCUAACAUUAUAAAAUUCGAUGAUAUCAAAAAAAUGGAUCCUCCGCUUCAAGAGUCGCAAUUGAAGUCUCAAGGGAAGAUCAAAAGAGGCGGUAAACAAUAUGUGGUCGAAGACGGUGAUAUAAUCCACUUCAAAGCUACUAGUGGUAAAAAAUAA